AUGGAGUGUGUAUUCAGAGUCUCAAACAACACUUUCACCGACCCCCAAACCCCAGCCAGUCCCACCGCGUUAGUACACUGGAACAACGCGUCUGAAGACGAGCAACGCGUUCAAGAAGCAAUCUCAACUUUUGUCUAUCUGCCAGGGUACAAAGCACUUAUCUGCAAAGUGCACGGGUACGCAAUCAAUGCCGUCGAAGGUCAUCUCGAAAGCUCCCACCAGGACGUCAGGGGCAAGACCAAGAAGGCCGUCGUGCAACACUUUGUCGGUUACAAUAUCACAAAGGCAGAUCGUAUCGAACCCCCCGAAGCCGACCAACCAGCGAUCGAAUGGCUUAAGGCACCCGUUCUCGGCUACAGCUGCGAAUUCGAGAUGCGGCAGGAUAGCAUCGGUCACGAUCCCAAGACAGCAGCUGAGCACAGGGUCUGUGGUCACAUUUCCAGCAACGACAAGAAGAUUGCAGAGCAUUGUCGCGAUGCCCACGGCUGGAGGUGGAAGCCCGAAGACCGAACGUGCUGGAAAGAGGUAUACGUUCAGUGCUUCUCAGGCGUCGGCGGACGGCAGAAAUGGUUCAUCGUCAAGACACCGGACGAGGCCGAGAGAGAGGCAGCAAGCAUAAGACAGUCGCUCCCGCGAGCCAAGCAGAUCCAGUUCGACGGCAUCAGAGACGACUUCCAGAAGUUGAAAGAGCAGUGGCAGAAAGAGCAGGAGAUACUGGCAGACAAGAAGGAUGAAGAAGAGUUGCUCAAGGUAGCUGCGGUGAUCGAGAAGAUGGUCGAGAGGGGUGUCUCAGGACUGAGCUCGAUGCCGGAAGGCUUGCGUCGUUGGCUUCGAAGUGCAGAAAUGCACAAGCCAGACGUGAGACCACUGGCCCGAUUGCAGAAUCCAGAGAGUCAAGAACGGUACGUCGGGUACUGGAAGCGAAUGAUUUGUUACUGUCUACGAGUAUGGUGCACUCGCAAUGAAGCCACAGACAGCGAGUCAAGUGGCGAUAGCAGCAACAAUGACGAUACCGGAAGCGACAGCGAUGAGGCAAACAGUGUGCACGAUGCCAACACCAACACCGAUCCCGAUGAUGGCCGCGACGACGACGACGCCGACGACAACUCCGACACAGAUCUACAACACGAUCGAGGCAGACGGCAAGCACAAGAUCACAUGCACGAUGCUCAGAGGCUCUUCCCAUGGAACGAUCAACUCGAAAGAGCAUUAGAGGAGGUGUGGAGAUUGAUCGUUCUCGAGGGAGACACAUCAUCCGUAGAAGACGAUCAAAUCCCAGCGACGGUAGAGCUCAGUCGGGUGUUCGCUCUAAUCCACUUCAUGGCUGUAAUGGGCAUCGACGAGACCAACGCUCGGCUACGCGAUGGCAACGACUACUCUUACAUGAUCGCCGGACUGGUGUACGUGUCCAGGAUCGUGGCCGCCGAAGCUCUGCUCCCAUCACUCGACCGCGAAAACCAAGGAGAGGCCGACUUCGAGGCAUUUCUCGAGCAGAGAAAAGAAUUCUUGGCCGAUGGAUCGAUGAGCGUGAUGGGAGAGAUGUUGAGCUUGCUAGCGUACGGAAAGAAGAUCGCAAAGAACUUCCACGCCCAAGGAAAGCUACACUGGACUCACGACGGAGCCGGCGUCGCUCUCGGCAGCAUCGAGUUCACGGUGUACAACUUCAAGUCCAUGGCACGCUCCGCUCUAGACGACUGCGAGGACUACAUGUGGAGAGAUCUCAUGUGGGCAGGCCGCAAGGCAGAUCACUUCGUGUUAGAUCUCGAUGGCAUCACCGACGACAUGACGGUCAAGAAGCGAGGCUGGUACUUCGGCGCCGAUCCGAACCAGGAUCUCGAAGCACAGGGUCUCGACUGGAUGUUGAAGAGAAUGCUAGGCUCCAACCAAGGGAAGAAGAUGCGCAGAGGGGACCAGUGGCAGUCGAGACUAGUGGCCAACUAUCUCCGGAGGGUGGACAAGUUCAGGGAGCUGUUCUUGUUCUGCGUGCACGUCUCGAGCGGCCAACCCGCUAGAGGAACCGAGAUCACCAGUCUGCGCUUCCGCAACGGAGUGGCCAACCACCGCAACGUCUUCGUCUUGGACGGCAGAGUGAUGACGGUGACGAGCUACCACAAGUCACAAGCAAUGCUCGACAUGCCCAAGAUGGUACCACGCUUCUUGCCGUGGAGACUAGGUCAGAUCGCGGUCAUCUAUCUCACCCACGUGCGGGCGUUCGCCGAGUUGCUGUCGGUGCAGGUACAGUACGGUCAAGGAUGGAGUGACUAUAUCUGGGCGGACUCGCACGGCCCGUGGGAGACGCAGAAGCUCACCGACACGAUGAAACGAGAGACGGCCAAGCGACUGAAGGCCAAGCUACACACCCAGAGCUACAGACACGCCGCCGUCUUUCUGGGCAGGAGGUUCGUUGGACCAAGGUUCGCCAAAGGCUACCGAGAGGAAGCCGAAGAUCCGGAAGAAGCCCAGGCGGGUGAUAUGGAUGACGAUCUCGAGGAGGGCAACGCGAUCGAGCUGCAGAAAGCCGGCGGGUUCGGCACCGGAGCCGGCAGAUACGCGGUCAGAGCGGACAUCUUGAAGUAUCUCAACCAAGAGUCGAUCGACAUCUUCGGCGAUCUCAGCGAAAGCUGGCACAGGUUUCUCGAGCUCGACCACAGAGAUCCGAAGAGGAAAAGAAAGGCCGAGAGCGGCAACAAAGACGAUGGGAUGCAAAUCACUGCCCACGGCAAAGGAGGAGCUAUUGCUGUUGCCGCCACUCCGACGGUGGAUCUCUCACCGUUCUUGCAACAAUCCGAAAGACAGCAGAAGGAGAUCGAAGACUUGCGGAUGAAGCUCAAGGCGCAAGAAUCCGAACUCACGAGACUCCGAGAAGAGGAGCUCCAGCAAGGACGACAGCAGCCCAUGACCCCCAUCGUUGGCUUAGGCAUCUACUCGAACAACGGACUGCCGACCCCGAUGACAGAGGGGAACAGGCACGACUCUCACCACGAUGAUGCCAACGACAAGAACGACAGCAACGAUGUCAUCUACAUCGAUGAUGAUGAUAACAAUAAUGACAACCACGACGAAUCCAGGUACUCUCCAAGGUGCAGCGGCAGGAACUACCAACAACAGUAUCUGCAGCAGCACGUAGAUGACAGUCCGAUCAUCGAACGAAGCCGAAGAAGGCGGGAGAGGCUGCAACGCUACAGAAGACCGACGGCACAGGAAAAGGAGAGGGCUAUACGCAAAGCACUCAAGCAACCCAUGGACGACGACGCGGUGACGAUCAGAUACAGAUCGAAAGCACAAGGAGAAGCGCUCGGGAGAAUCAUGGACGGUGGCUUCAACGUUCUCACCGUCGUUCUGCCGACAGCCGGAGGCAAGACUCUACUCUUUACCGCACCCGCUUGUCUGGAAGAAGACGUCGGGGUGACCAUCGUGGUGGUCCCAUUCCGCAAGCUCAUCGACGAGACGGUCCGAGAAGCACAGAAGACGGUGGGUGACUGUGAAGAGUGGAGCCACAGCACCGUCGAUCCAGCAGCUCUCGUGGUCGUCAGCGUGGACAAGAUGCACGAUCACUUCUGGUCGUACGCACGCCAGAUGGCGGAACAGGGCCGACUGAGACGAGUGGUGGUGGACGAGUGUCACUUGCUAGUGACUUCCCACAGCUGGAGACCGCAUCUCGUCGAGCUAGAGAAGCUCAAGUCACUAGGAGUACCGAUGGUGAUGCUGACGGCCACACUCCCAAGGUACAUGGAGGUCGAGCUACGACGAAGUCUAGGUGUCGGCAUCGGCAUGAUGUCGCUGAUACGAGCAUGCACGGUGCGAGAAAACAUCACUUACACCGUCAGACAGGACAUCAACAGAGGCAAGCUGGUCGAAGAGACGGCCAGAGUAUGCGAAGAGGUCGCGGACGAGCUGCGCAGCACCAGAAAAGAGAAGGCCGUCGUCUACUGCCGAAGCAAGAAAGACUGCGAGGAGAUGGCGGAAAAGCUAGGCUGCGGCUUCUUCUACGCCGGACACGUCGACGGCGAGGAAACGCUAGAGCAGUGGAAGGCGAACGGCGGCUUCAUCGUAUCGACGACAGCUCUCAGCACCGGACUCAACUACGAAGCCGUGAAGGCGGUCAUCCACUCGGGACUGCCGUACGGACUGAUCGAGUUCGCCCAAGCAUCAGGCAGAGCGGGUCGAGAUCCCAACGAGAGAGUGGACUCGAUCGUACUGCUAGAGCAAGGGUGGGAGGAAGAAGAGCAACGGACGCGGGAGCAUCACAACGAGGCACUCGGACCGGACGGAGCAGCGAUGAUCGAGUACAUCAAGACAGAGGGUUGUCGAAGGCCGGUGCUAGGAAGGUAUUUCGAUCCGGCAGACACGAUCAAGGAGUGUCACGACAGCAGCGGCGACAGCGACGACAGCGAGACCGACAGCGACGAGCAGCAGCAGCAGCAGUAG